GUGCGCAUGCGCAGCGGGCUCCUCAGUGUGCUGUUUCGGCCUGUUUCGGCACUGGCCGGACAUUUUCGCCUCUUUGUUUUACUGAUAGUGGAUUUAACUCGGAUUCAACCCAAUAUCCAGCGGACCGCGCUGGCCAUAAACAGCUGUGUGAAGUGGAGCACAGGAUGCAUAGUUAACACCACCCUGUGUCUCGCAGAAGAAGCCGGGCUGCCAGACCCUCAGUAGUAGACACAUGGCGGCAUUGGGGAACCCCGAGAUGUUAACCAGGAAGAUUCAACUGUGGGACAUCAAUGCCCACAUCACCUGUCGUCUGUGUGAGGGGUACCUGAUCGACGCCACCACGGUCACGGAGUGCUUACACACCUUCUGCAGGAGCUGUUUGGUGAAGUAUCUAGAAGAGAACAACACGUGUCCCACAUGUCGGAUUGUCAUUCACCAGAGCCAUCCACUGCAGUACAUCGGCCAUGACCGAACAAUGCAAGAUAUUGUCUAUAAGUUGGUGCCAGGAUUGCAAGAAGCGGAGAUGAAGAAACAGAGAGAAUUCUAUCAGAAGUUAGGCAUGGAGGUGCCUGGAGACAUCAAAGGAGAGCUGUGCAACAUGAAAACCCACCUGGACGCUCAACGCAAUGGUGACCUGAAAUCAGAAGAUCCAGCCAAUAAGGAAGCAGGAGACGAGAAAGCAGAGGAGGAAAAUGACUACCAUCGCAGUGAUGAGCAGGUGAGUAUCUGUCUGGAGUGUAACAGCAGUAAGCUCAGAGGCCUCAAGCGGAAGUGGAUUCGUUGUUCGGCUCAGGCGACUGUUCUCCACCUCAAGAAGUUCAUCGCAAAAAAGCUAAACCUGACAUCUUUCAAUGAGCUGGACAUCUUAUGCAAUGAAGAAAUCUUGGGCAAGGACCAUACUUUGAAAUUUGUUGUGGUAACAAGAUGGAGAUUUAAGAAAUCCCCCCUCCUCCUUCAUUACAGACCCAAAAUGGAUCUGCUGUAGUUGGACAAAAAGGCUUGGUUGUUUUGGCCCAGUGGCUGAGGACUGUGCUACGUGCUUUAUAUGCAUAGACCAUCAACGCCCACAAUAAACAAACACCCGUCAACACGGAUAUGAGCCAGCAAACAACAAAACCAGCACAGCCACUGCGACGCUGGCGACUUACGGGAACAACUGCUUUUCUCUGUCUGUUCGUCCGCUUUAUGUCCUAGAUAUGUGAAAAAUUGAGAGAAAGCAUAUAUUUAUACUUUUGUAUGGUUGAGAAAAGUGGAACCAAGACCCAAUUGGUGCACUGUUUACACUAUUAAAACAAAAAAAGACAAAAAGAAAAGUUCAUGAGAAAGGUUUAACUUUUUUUUUUUUUUUUUGUACUAUUGGACAUUGUUUCCACUUCAAUGAUGGGCAAGUUGGUGCUCGUUUUCUGCCGUUCUCCGUGGAAGUGUCCACUUUUACACUGCUAACCAGAAGAGAGGAGGUGUUUCAAACUGACCGCUCUCUCUCAGGUCUAACCUAACACUUCUCGGGAGAGCAGAGCCUUUCUAAACUUAUAUAAAGCAGUUUAUAUGAGUGGUUUCUUUACUUUCCGACGUUGCUACGAGUGGAAUUGUGAAUAGGCAAAUUUAUGUGUAGUAUUUAUGUUCUAUUUACCAAUAUUGUAUAUAAAAGUUGUUGAUGGAGAGAAAGGAUGAAAGAGUGUGUGAAAGACUAAAAGACUAGAAAAAUAGAGACGGUUUAGAGUGGUUUUCCAAAAGUGCUAUAUUUUGGCCUUCGUUUAUGUGGGUACAUGGAAAAGACAUAAAUAUUCAGCUAAAUUCGAGGAAGAUUGCAAAUUGGGUGAAAUUCAUAAAAUAUUCCCCCCCCCCCCAAAAUCGAAAGGAAAAAAAAAAAGAAGAAGAAAAAGAAAUUGUAUUUUGCUUAAAGAAAAUUAAGUUUGGUUUUGGGACCAUUAAGAUUUGUUUUGCCAUUAUUUUCAUAAUUGCGCAAAUCCCCCACCCAAAUUCAGUCAUUGUCAUAAAACAUACAGAUGCGUUAUAAAUACUGUUUUUCUGAUUUUCAUUUUUCUCAAUGAAGAUUCUCAUCACUGUAAUACAGUAAAAAAAAGUAUUACAGUAAAAACAAAAAUGAAAUUCAGCUUAUUAUUUACAGCACAUCUUAAUAGCAAUACAGUCUAUACAUCUGUGAUGUAUAAAUGAAUUUUAAAAAUCAGAUUUUAUUUAUUGUUUAUGCAUUGAGGUAAUAAGAAGUUUUGGAGAAUGUUUAAUAAUUAAGAAAAUAUCGUCACAAUGCAAAAAAAAAAAUCUCAAUGGUUAUAAAAACAAACGACUUUUUCUUUGAUAUAAUUUAAUAAAUAAACUUUAAUAAUAUUCAUAAUUAAUAAUAUUUUACAAAACAUAUAUAAAUAUGUAGUUUUUCCCUCUUUUUUUUUUCCAUUACAUUUUUGGGUAAAGUAUGACCCAAGCUUAUUUAUGAAGUUAUGAAAUUCACCCUUUCAGUACAUCUGUUUUCAGUGUGCAGCCUUUUAUGAUGCAAAAAGCUUAUGUUUUGGUCCUCUUUAAUUUAGGAGGAUUUUUAAGUGUCUAAUUAAAUGCAUCAGUGAUUAAAAAUCGAUUUCUGAACAAAAAAGGUGCUUUUAAUCAUUUGAACCCUCCAAAGGAUGAUUUCUUAAUUUGUUAAUAUCUUUAACUUACUUUCAUAAACAGCCAACCCCUCAGAUACAUGUAUGUCUUGUCAUAUAAUCCUACAACCUCAAUGUCACAUAUGCAAUGCAUUACCUUUUAAUUGAGCAAAAAGAUGAAACAUUCAGUCCUUCCUUUACGAUCACGUGAUGUCAGUUUUCCGCUCCUCCACAGUAUGAAUGUAACCCAAAAGUAACCGUCCACAUGUAUUGUACAGUUAUAUGUUUUAUCACUGUCUUUAGUGCCAAAGGCUUCAUCCUCCCCCCUGACUUCACUCUAUUCCGGAUGGCAAGCUGCAUUAAUGGCAGAAUGCGAACAGUGUUUGACCUUAACCGAUUUAAUAUAGAGGAAUAUGGGAAAUUGAGAUCAGAGUUUUAUAUUUAUGAUUUUUCUGGUUGGGUUCGUGAAAAUUGGCUAGUUGUUGAAAUCGAUUGUUUUAUUUUAUUUUAUUUUUUGGUGAGCCCUAAAUGAGUUCUAGUAAUUUAUAUUUCCAUUGUAGACGUUGGCAGACAUUCUGACAAACAUUAAAGGGCUCUUAUAAGAUUUCUAACGGAAAUGUAUUUGAAACCUUUCUUAAAGAGCUAAUUGACUUUUAUAUCCAAACAUUUACUUCAACAGUCUGUUUUUACUUUGAAGCAAUGAGCAGGCAUGCAUCAUCUUCUACAGUGGUCAUCUUUUACACGGGUAAAUGCCGAACCAGCUUGACCAAAUCUUUCUGGAUCUCAUCAUUAAGUUAUUUCACAAGUACUGAUGUUUUGUAAAUCCAAUACUGCAGUCUUGCAUAGAAACAAUGUUUCAUCUGCCCGUGAGUCUUUUUUCGCUUUCUUAUAAUGUGAAUUAUCUCAGUAUGCAUUCUGUCUUCAGCUUCACUGCAUAUUGUUUGGCUUUAUUGCAUCACUGAUCUGUUCUUGUAAAGAGGAUGAUGCCAUGAUGGUUUAAAUAUUGCGUUCUUGUAUGUCUCAGCCAUUUCAUGCAAACAUUUAUGUGGCUAGCAUUCCAAACACAGACUGCAGGUUUCUUCCUGGUGAUGAAAAUGCAACAAAUGCAUGAUUUUACUGUUCUUAUUUAAUGCAUUCUGAUACUCGCAACAUAUACUUGUGGGGUCGUUGAGGUCGUUGCCAUGGCAAACACUGGGGUGAGUCAUUGCCAUUGUGUGAAGGCUGAUCUUCACUGGUAUUUCUCCCAUUUGAGCCAAUAACUGGUGCUAAUCUUUUGUAUCUUUUAAAAAAUAAACCGAACUAAACAUGGUGCAGACCGGGGGGAGUCUUUAAAUACCCGUAUUUAUCAUACCUAGCUUUUUUUUUACAUGUUUGGUGCUCUCAGGUCAUGUGAAACUUGUUUUUACAGCUUGUCUUAGAGGGAAGUUGGGUGUGGAUUCAUGGAUUUUCAUUAACUGCUGUCCUAUGACACUCUGAAUAAGUCUCAAAUGGCAAAAUAACACCACCAUUGACAUCUUCCGACAUAAACAACACUGGCAUUUAGAGUAAAGACCUAUCGUGCAUCAUUUCCACAGCUUUGCUCGAUCACCCCAGGAUUUGAACAUGGCAACUUGUUCUGGCACUGUUAUAUAUUGUUAAACCUCUAUCACAAAUCUCUAUGUGGUUGUUCCAUUUUUUGGCGAUGAAGACAGGGCGAAAGACAGGGUUUUUUGCUGUAGUAUUGUUUAAAUCACCACCCAGUUCCACUCUCCCAGGGCCUCAUUGUGCAUGAGAGGUGUGUUAACGCUCUGAGGUAGAUUCGCUGUGCAGUAUUGGGAUGGAUCGAUGCUCGGGCCAUGUUAUCAGACUUGCAUUGAGACAUCAGCGCUACUUCACUUGACAGGCAGGCUGUAACAAGCUUACUAGAGCCCUGCUUUACUGCAUUAGAAGCUGUGGACUGUGUGCAGAUUGCAGUUGCCAAGACUGGAAACUGGUCAUUUUAUUUCCAUAUACUAGGGUUUUUAUUUUUUAUUUUUAUUUAUUUUUUUGGCAGCGUGUGGCCCUGCAACAAUGGUGCUUCGUGAUUGACUUUGAAAUUCAAAACUGAGCUACAAAUAUGAGGAUUUAGAGAUGAUAUCAGAGGAUGAUCCUUAGGUGAACCUCAGGAAAUUGUCUGUAAAACAUCUGUGUCCUAUUUCACCAAAAAUCUAAACAAAAGAAAUUAUUACCAGUGUGACGUAUUUAACAAUAAAAUAAAUUUUCCUCCAAUUGUCAUGUAAAGUAAUGCUAAAAUAUCUCAUUAGUUUCAUGUGGAAAAAAAAGAUAAUAAUAAAAUAUGGAAAAUGGCUUGUUUUGUAAUUUAAGGGCAAGUUUGGCCUAAUUCUUAUGAAUUUUUUUUUUAUACAAAUGCCAUAAUGUAACAAACCUUAAAGGGAGAGUUCACUCAAAAUGUUCCUCAUCAUUUACUCCAUGUUUUUUACAAACCAUGCAUUUCUUUUGUCAGUCGCUGGUAGCUGGUAUCAACAUGCUUCAAAAUAUCUUCCAAAAUAUCUUUAGUUUUUAUAACAACUACAGUGUGAGUAAAUGAGUUAAUUUUCUAUAUGUAAAAUAUAAUUUUUCUUUUCUUUUUUUUUUUUUUUUACUUUUGAUUUUGGACCUAGACAUGUUUUCACGAUUCACCUCUUUGUGAAUUAUAACAACAGAAAACCUUUCCAAAAAAAAACAAACCCAAUCCAUUUCUCCAUCGUGUGAGAUUAUAGCUGCGCUGGAAAGCACUUCUUAUUUAUUGUCUUUUGAAAAGCGUACAGCAGCCCUAAAAGGGCACCAUUUCAGUUUAGGUCUCAUUCUGUAUAUCAUCUCUCUCCAGUCACUCUCUCGAGUCAGGACUGUCUCUCCUCUGAGUCAUCUGCUGUGAUUGUAUUCUCACUAGAGCAGUGUGUUUAAAGAGCACUCUGCAUUAACGUCUGAGAGUCUGUAAAAUCAGACUGAGGCCGACACACAGAAACCGCAAACCCGCCCUAAAAUGGUUUCAGCAGGCGGCUUUUCUAAGGUAGCAUUGAGCUACUUUGAUGGGUCAGUUUUGGGUUGCAUUGAUUGUGAGCCUGAUUGCCCAGUGGUUGCCAGGUAUGUCAAUAUGGAUAUUGUUUGCUGUCAGUUAAAAACAUUGCAACAUCCCUGUAAGAAAUCUUGUCUUAAUUGGCAGCAGGAGCUUGUCCGGGCAACCAGUUUUCACAAUUAUUCGAAGUCUGUGUGUUGUAUUUGGAUUUUUGUUGUUUUGAAGAAUGAUUUUAGAAAACCAAUCUUCAUGGUGGCACCUCAAAAUGAGCCCAUUAUAUUUAUCACAUUUCUCUGUCCAAACUAUUCCCCCCCCAUUAAAUGUUAUUUAUUAAUACUGUAAAGACAGAAGUGAUCUGAAAUAUAAAACAUUUUGAGAUUUGCCGCUUCUCAUCUAUGUCUUCAUCUGUACAUGUUUUGAUUGAUAUAUACAGGACUCAAACAUGAUGAAAUAGUAUAAUUUAAGCAUUAUAACCUUUUUCCUUCUCUGUGAAUCAGCAUAUAGUCUUCUCCAUGUAUGCGCUUGUGUAUAAGAAGCUGUAAAUUAAUUUUAAGGUUUUGGUGGGACUGGGGAAAAAGCAUUCAGAUUGGGUCGUGUAGAACGAUCGUUAUGUAUCCAAGGAAAUAAAUGUGCAAUAUAUGUCUCUCAGAUGGUUCUUGGUUUCAGCUCUGGAAGCUUCAUUCGAUUUAUAUCUGUUUGUUAGGUGCUCAGGUCACAGAUAGAGUCCAUACAGUUCUCAUCACUCUGAUUCUACGGGUGCCUGCUUGGCUCAACUCACACUAAUAUUCCAUACAUAGCACAUUGUUUUCCUCAUAAUAAUUGUUUUUUUCUUUCUUGUUACAGCUAUUAAGAUUCUUUUAGUGGUAAAAUAUUGACAUUUAAUAUUGUCCUUUUUCUUGUCUCUUUUUUUUUCUGGCAUAAUGGUUAUUUAUUGCACAUGGUUUCCAUAGUCACACAAAGGAGUUUUGUUUGAACUGGGCUGGAGUUUCUUACAAUUUUAUGGAAGAUUUUGUUAAAAUUUUGAAAGUGUGUAUUUCAUGAAUAAAUGCCUUAAAAAGAA